AUGGUCGAACUGCUGCAGCUGAAGAACAACUCCGUUGUCGUGGCUUUGUCCAACGAGAACGUUAUGAAACGAUUCAUUCGACUUAUUGUGUCAAAGGUUCAGGCCAACAAAAAAAGCCAAGUCAACAUCUCAGCACAACUUAUAGAGUUUGACCGCACUUCUGGGAAAACCAGCAGUACUGCGAAAGCUCUGCAAUUUGAACGUGCACACAGACAGCGCAGGCAUCAUGCGAUACAUCGCUCGAUCAGGAAAAAGCAAAAUGGGGGGAGGGGGGUGAAGCAAAUAUCCUAUCUUGCCUAUUUAAAAGAACACUCUUGCGAGUCUCAUUAUACAACAGAGCCAUGUCAAUGGCCACCAACGGAUCAACCCCACCAUGUCUAUCAUAAGACGUAA